CUAUCAAAAUUUAAAGUGGUGGUGGAGCUGGAGUAGAGUUUACAUGUUUGGCAUCCUUAUACUUAACUGAAAAUAUUCAUGAAAUACGUAGAAUUACUGAUUUAAAACUUAAUAACUUAAAAAAAAUUAGAAUCACUAAAUAUAAGUUUCAAAUCUCGCCUUGUCUGGAUACACUAUCUAUAUAGCUCUUCUCUUUCAGUACCUUGAGUCUCAAUCUCUUCUUCUUUUCUUCCUUAUGGAUUUGCAGAUUUCAAAAGCAAUGGCUAUGGCUAUUUUUCUCUCUCUUCUUUAUGCUUUUGUAGGAAUUGUGUCUGCAUUACCUCAUCCAGACAAGAUCAUUAAAUUGCCUGGACAACCUCAAGUGGGGUUUCAACAGUUUUCAGGAUAUGUUACUGUAGAUGAUAAGAAGCAAAGAUCUCUUUUUUACUAUUUUGUUGAAGCUGAAACAGAUCCAGCUUCAAAGCCUUUAGUUUUGUGGUUGAAUGGAGGACCUGGAUGUUCUUCACUUGGGGUUGGUGCAUUUUCUGAACAUGGGCCAUUUAGACCACGAGGACAAGUUCUUGUUCAGAAUGAACACAGCUGGAACAAAGAGGCAAACAUGUUGUAUUUGGAGAGUCCAAUUGGAGUUGGAUUCUCUUAUUCUGCUAAUACUUCUUCCUAUGAGACAGUAAAUGAUGAAGUAACAGCCUGGGACAAUGUUGUAUUCUUGCUACGCUGGUUCCAUAAAUUCCCACAGUACAGCAAAAGCAAUUUGUUUUUAACUGGUGAAAGUUAUGCAGGACAUUAUAUACCUCAACUAGCAAAGCUCAUGAUGGCAUUUAACAAGAAACAGAAGCUAUUCAAUCUAAAAGGAGUUGCACUAGGAAAUCCGGUUCUGGAAUUCGCAACUGACUUUAAUUCGAGGGCAGAAUACUUCUGGUCUCAUGGUCUAAUAUCAGAACCUACAUACAGAACGUUUAGUUCUGGUUGUAAUUAUUCUCGAUAUGUUAGUGAGUACUACAGGGACUCUGUAUCACCAAUUUGUUCGAGAGUUAUGAGACUAGUUAGUAGAGAAACCAGUAAGUUUGUGGACAAGUAUGAUAUUACCCUUGAUGUCUGUAUUUCCUCUGUGCUCUCCCAAUCCAAGAUUAUAAGUCCCCAAGAAAACGCCGAGAAGUUAGAUGUAUGUGUGGAAGAUGAAGUUGUCAAUUACUUGAACCGAAAAGAUGUGAGAAGGGCCCUUCAUGCCGAGCUUGUUGGAGUGCGCAGAUGGGCUGUUUGCAGCAGCGUUCUGGACUAUCAACUGCUUGACAUAGAGAUACCAACCAUCUCCAUAAUAGGAAUGCUUGUCAAAGAAAGAAUUCCAGUCUUAAUAUACAGUGGUGAUCAAGAUUCUGUUGUUCCACUGAUUGGAAGCCGAGAAACUGUUCAUCAACUAGCAAGCCAGAUGCGGCUGAACACAACUGUCCCCUAUAGAGUUUGGUUUGCAGGACAGCAGGUUGGUGGAUGGACACAUGUUUAUGACAAUAUGCUCUCCUUUGCAACCAUUAGAGGUGCUUCACACGAGGCUCCUUUCUCACAGCCAGAGAGAUCACUUGUGCUGUUCAAGUCAUUUCUUCAAGGCAGGCCACUCCCUGAAGUUUUCUGAUCACAUGCCAAGUUGUAAAUAGCUCUGUCACCAGUCACUAUUAAAUGUCAAAGGAUCUUUUUUUUUUUUUUUUUUGGAUUUUGCUCUUUCCUUUUUUCUUUGUUCCAGAGAUGAAAGAAUGAAGAAGAUAAGAAUCAAGUGUUAAUCCUCAGACAGUGAAAAGAAGAAUGAGAAGUGAUUACUGGAGACUGGAAGAACACAAAAAGAAAAUGUGUCUCUCAAUGUGAGUUCAUGCAUGGAAGAUUAAAGAAGAAAAUACUAAAAGAUGAGUUUUUUUCUUCUUCAUAGUUUAGAUACAUCUAGAUGAGUGCAAAUGUAGAGUAUUUGAAACUUUUAUUGGAAACAAAAGAUUCCAUGACUAAACAUUUGAUCUUUUGUGAAGUAGUUUAUGUUGAUGUGUAGGGCCUAGGCAUCAAAAGAUUUGGUGUUAGAUUGUUGUUUUACUUGAAAACUUGAUGAAGAAAUUCAGUAACUAUUAUUUCUUUAGUUUACAUUUGACAGACUUAGCAAGCGAAGUUUAAAAA